AUGCAAUUACAACAGGGUUUACACAACGGUGCUCAACUUGAAGAAGACGAUCUCCAAGUGCGGCGCAAAUUGGAUUUAGGUAAGGGCAUCGACCUAAAUAUUUCUUUAGAUGAUAUCUCUACUGAAGAGUCGAAUGAAAAUGUCGCAUGUGUUGAAUCAAUUCACUCUAGAAUAAGAAAAGAACAAAUUCCAGUACUAGGAAUGGAGUUUGAAACAGAAGACAAAGCCUACACUUUUUAUAAUACAUAUGCAUUCUAUUUUGGGUUUAGUGUGAGAAAAAGUAAAUCCCAUUUCUUUAGCAAUAAGAAAUUGAGAGAUAGACUAUUUGUUUGUCAUGCUGAAGGUAAACGUGAUGUAGAUACUCGUGAUGCCGCCGAUGUCAAGUCUCACCGUGCAGAAACAAGGUUCGAGUGUCUAGCUAGGAUGAAAAUCAGUUGUGUUUCAAAUGGUGAUAUGUAUCGUGUCAUUGAGUUUAUUCCUAAUCAUACACAUGUUACAUCUAGUCCUUCGAAGACACAUCUUUUUAGAUCUCAUAGGAAAAUGAGUGCUAUAAAUAUAGCUCAAGCCGAAAUGACGGAUAGGUCUGGAAUAAAUCCUAAAGAAACAGUAGAAUUUAUGAGUAGACAAGCAGGCGGUCGGGAACAUCUUGGAUUUAUUCCACUUGACUAUAAAAAUUAUUUGCGCACUAAGCAAACAAGAGAAAUGAAAACAGGAGAUACGGGAGGUGUAUUAGAAUAUCUGCAAAAGAAGAAAUUGACUGAUCCAAAUUUUUUCUAUGCCAUACAAGUGGAUAAAGAGGAUUUAAUAACUAAUAUAUUUUGGGCUGAUGCCAGAAUGAUGGUAGACUAUGAUUAUUUUGGCGACGUGGUUUGUUUUGAUACCACUUUUAGAAAAAACAAAGAAGGAAGACCUUUUGCGAUGUUUGUUGGAGUUAACCAUCAUAAGCAAUCAGUCAUAUUUGGUGCUGCACUUCUGUAUGAUGAAACUGCAGAGACUUUUGAGUGGUUGUUUGACAUUUUUGCUAAAACCAUGUCCGGGAAGAAACCAAAGAGUAUUUUUACUGAUCAGGAUGCUGCAAUGGCAAAAGCUUUAGCAUCGGAGUGGCCGGAAACAACCCAUCGGAAUUUAGCAACUGUGUAUAUGAUUACGAGGAGGAAAAAGAAUUUAUAG